AUGUACUCCAAGAUCAUUGUUGUGAUCGCUGUCAUCGCUGCAGUCAGCGCACAGAGCCAUUACGGCCAUCACCACGAGGAAGAACAUCACGGCCCGGUGCACUACGAAUAUCACUACGAUGUGCACGACGAUCACACCGGAGAUGUUCACGGACAACACGAAGCCCGUAAGGACGAUCACACGGAGGGCGAAUACUACCUGAUCGAUGCCGAUGGCCACAAGCGGACUGUAAAGUACCACGUUGAUGGCAAGAGCGGUUUCAUUGCUGAGGUCCAUCGUGAGCCAAUUAAGGGACAUCAGGCUCCUCAACAACACCAUCAUCAACAGCCCCAGUAUCAUCAUCAGCCGGAAUAUCAUCAUCAGCCCCAGUAUCAUCAUCAACCUCAGCAUCAUCAUGAAGCUCCGGCUCACCACAACUAUCAUCACUAA